GUCCGGCGGGUUUUCUGCCUUAUUCAUCGUCGGUCAUUGGAGUACGCGUUCGCUUCCGAAAAAUUCGGGCAAAACUAUCGCGAACACCAUAGCAUGACGGUACCAGACUUAUUUAGAUCGUUCCGUACGAUGUACGACGCCCGACGUCGUCGCGAGCCUAAAUCGACGGUUUUGGUGUUGUGUUUUCUCGAGGAUUAUCACGCCGAUAAGGUGGUACUACCGGUGACGACGACGACGAAGUCCGAGCGACCCGAGACGAGCGAAAUGGGCGACGAAAACCCGUACGACCACGGCUACGGGUGCCAAUGCGCCGAAUGCCUUAACAAAUACGGCCUGCAGCUGCUUCUCAGGGGUAUCGAGGAACACACCAAAACCACCAGCGGAGCUAGACCGUCGACGUCCAGCUUCUACGACGACGCCUCGUUCCUUCAUCCAUCUACUUCGUCGGGUUAUAUGCAGAGUACCAGCCCGUGGUCCUCCAGGACGUACGAGGAGCACUUACCCAAAUCGCUGGACGAAAUCGGUCAGCCUCAGGCGUCGACGUCCACCGGAUAUCGCGGUUCGUUUCACGACGAUACCCAAUCGAAGAAAAUUAAAAGGUGCGCCCAUUGCGAUAAAGAGUUCACACACAAAGGCGAUUACAACAAACACCAGCGGGUUCACACCAACGAAAGGCCUUAUCCGUGCGGAGUUUGUGGCAAAACCUUCACCCACAGCUCGAACCUGCACAGGCACGAGAGGACGACCCAUAGCGUCGACCGGCCGUUCACUUGCGUCGACUGCAACAAGAGCUUCAACCGGAAAGACAAGCUGGAAGCGCACAGGAAGAGUAAAACCUGCAACAGCAAGAGAGGGUGGAAGUGAAAGGCGGAGCCGGCGAUUUUUGACGCGAUCUCAUCUUCUAGUCCCUCUGAGACGUUUCGUGGUGUCGAGAUUGUCUCGAUCACAUUCCAGGACGACCAGCGGCGUGCGCUUCAAAUGUUGUAAAUAUUGGUAUCGAAUAAAUUGCGACGUUGUUAUUUUCGCGGCAUUUCUAUUCACCCGGGACGGGUGCAGACGUUCGUUUUUACAGUUCAUUAUAUUAGAUUAGCACUAUUAAAUAUAACAGACGACAUUCUCCGGAAGCCAAAUGACUGCGCUUAUUUUGCUGGAUUACUCAAAAGCUUUCGAUCAAAUCAAUCAUGAAGUUCUACUGUCAAUACCGCACCAUUUGGGGGUUUCAAGUGCUGCAGUCUCUUUUAUGCGUAGUCUCUGUAAUGAUCGCUUUCAGUUUGUUGCAACAUCUAAAGGAGAAUCAAGUAAUGUUAUUAUUCCGUGUGGAGUACCCCAAGGCUCAAU